CCUAGCUCUUAUCUUGCAUUUAGGGGUUUUAGCGAGGAAUGGCCGCCCUGGCUGUGUACCAGCGCAACAGCGUCAGGUGCUCGCUUCUAGGAUCUACCCCUACCGCUGGUCUGAUCGCGGCUCAGGGACAAUCCGGAAAGAAAUCCCAGCUUCGCUUUCCCAGAUUUCUCAGCAAUGCCGAGAUUUUGACGUGCCUGUGCACUGCUUGCAACGCGAUCAAGUUCCUCACCGUCGUUCGCUGCUCAUCGUCGCCAUCAGCAAAGCAUGAAGGAGAGGAGACGCGGGGGAUCAACUACAGGCAAAUUCUAGCUACUGGCGAGGGGAUUUGCCUCUCGGCUGCCGUUGUCUCGCAGGCUGGAUGCUUGAUCCGGCCUUCUUCCACCCAGGAACAAUGCCUAGAAGUAUCUCCAGGCCAUGCACCUCCACGACAGCUCAAAUAUGCGGCACUUUCCACUUGGCAACUCGUCCCACUAUGGCUGGCUUUGCUCAUCAACAUCAUUCUAAGAUCCGUCCAGCCGCAACCAAGGGAAAGGAUUCUCAAGGAGAGCUCCAACUUAGCACUGGCACAGCGGGUGGCGAGCCUGGAACACGAUUUCCUUGGCUCGGUCACGCUCAUCCGUGCUCUAACCAGACAACUCGAGAAGCUUGGUGUGCGUGUGCAAGUCACUAAACGAACGCUCCAAGAUCCAAUCCAUCAGACGGCGAAACUGGCAGCAGAUAUGGCCUCCGCUGUGAAAGCUCUCUCCCAUCGUGAAACUUUGCUUGAAGAGGAGCUUAAAGAAACUCGAAGCGCCUUGAUGGCUAUACAGGAUCAGCAGGCCAAGCAGCUAGAGCUUAUCUCCCUACUUGCGAGCAGACUCUCGUCAAGUAAUCGCCAGGGUCAGAAGGCAGCAAAGAAGAAGAUGAAUGACGACUACAAAUAUGACUACUGGCUCGCUAACACGGGCGAGGAAAUCUGUACUCUCGAUUCCAAGAGAUGAAGAAAAAAGAUACGUUCUUUUUCGCGAAAGACUCGCUUGUCGCUUCCAAUCCAUCGACGCCGUCGAGCUUCGGAAAUCCGCUAGAAGCUAGAGGAUGAUUAUCUCUCGUACAUUUUGUCCUUCCCCCAGGGAAUGAGCUGCGAACUGUGCAUUCUGAUGCUGUGGAACUGUUCUUUACACGUUUUCGAGGUGCAUUGCGCACUCCACGAGAAUUUCUUCGAUCGUUUGUA